AUGAACGAAUAUUACGAACCUACAUUACUAUUUAGACAGAAUGCGGUGAAGAAAUACAGUCCAGAGCUUUCACCUGUGUCGAGUAUGAGCAGCAUCGACUUACCAAGAUCGAAUAAUAGCUCAUCAUCGUGGUUAUUAGAUUACCAAAAUCCUAAAGAUACUGAAAUUCUCAAUAAGUCAUGUUCAUUGAACAGGUUGAACAUUAAAUCCAACUACUGGAAAAUACCUGAUAAUGAUAUGAACUUAACUUCUAUGGCGCUUCAAAGACAAGGAGAUUCGAAUAAUUCGUUUUUAGGUAUAUCGAGUGCUAAUAAUGAUUCUAAUUUAUUCAUCUACGAAUUAGAUAUAGCUGAGAACUAUUUAACACACAAUAAUACCAUUUCUUUGCCAAAUAUUCAUGCAAUGAAAUGGGUUCCACAGAUGGGCAACAAUGAAUUAAGUUUAAUAACAGGAAAUAGUAAAGGUUAUGCUCACUUAGUGUCAAUCCCUAACUCAAACGAGGAAGACCAAUCGGCUGAAAUCGUUAAGCGUUUCAAUCACAGGAAGCAUCUUAAAUCUAUAAAUAAGGAUCCUUCUAUUGCAUCUCAUAAUUCUACGGAUAUCACAAAGUUGAAUUUCAUGGACAAAAGUAUGGACUUAUUAUCCAUCUAUGACAAUAAUUUGUUCUUAUGGGAUAUUAAUGGAUGUGAUUCGCAAAUCAGACCUAAACCUAUAUCUAUUUCCAGCAUACCAGGCAUAGUUAAUUUUGACCCUAUUCCGAGAAAUUCUAAUCUGGUUGGUAUAUGUGGGCAAUUUGGUGUUUCAUUGUUUGAUACAAGACAACCAAAAUUCAGUGUUCCAUCGUCAAUCAUGCAGCAAGCUAAUAGGAGAAAGUUAGGUGCAAAUGUCAUAAGAUGGUCUCCUAAUGAUGAUAAUGUCUUUGCUGCAUCACAUAUGGAUGGAGUUAUACGGUUGUGGGAUAUCAGAAAGCAAGAGUAUUUUGCAAGUCUUGACGGACACCAAGGAAAAAAAAUAAUUAGCAUAGAAUGGAACGAGAAUGACUUGUUCAGUGGAGGAAGAGAUGGAAAUAUUGUGCAUUGGGAUUUAACCUCCGAUAUCUACGAAUACCCUAAGCCUGAUAUCACGAAUUGUGGUUUGAAGGAAGGAUUAAAUAGUGUUCGCUUCAACCCUGUGAAAAAUUCGGUAGAGAAGACCAUAAACCAAAGACAGUGUGGUACAGUAUUACCUGCGUCGAACACUAACAUUGUGGAUAUGUGCUCGGUUUCUUUCAGUUCGUAUAACAAAGAGGAUGUUAAAGUACUUUCUAUUGACAGCAGCUCUUUCCUUGGAUUGCAUUCCAAGAUUUUUGAUGCCGUUAAAGUGAACAUCAACUCCGAAAAGAUAUAUUACACCGACGACGACAUAUCUUUACUCCUCGCCGCUCAGAAAUCUAGUCUUUCGACUUUGGUCAACGAUUCAGCAGAAAAUGUUACUAAGCCUUUGACCAUUUCCAGAAUGCCUACAACCAAGAUUACUGAAGAUGCUGCUCUGGCCCAUCCUACACCUGUUAAUAUUGUUCCAACUACUCCUAAUAUGUCCAGCGACACCUUGACCGAAGGACCAGACCAGUUUGUGGACGUAGACGAUAGCAUCACGAUUGAAGAACCAAAAUUCAUGUUUUCAAACCUUAACGAUUCUGUCUUUUCAGUCGACUCAAGCCACGAAAUAAAUUCCUCGCCACUGUCAUCUGGCUCUUGUGGUUCAUUUGGCGAAUCUUCUUCAUCCAUAUCUACAAAUCCAACCAUAGUUGAAGCUUCUCCGAUAUCACACAAGAGAGACCCGAGCGAUAUUUUCAAUCUUAACACUGAUUUAGACUUUGGCCUUGGCUUAAAUGACUACAAAUUUGACGAGUCAUUAGUUGAUAGGUCUUUCGAUAGGAUGCUUUCACUUAAGACCAAUGCCACCAAUUAUUAUAGCGUUUAUAGUAGUUAA